AGAUAAUUUUUAAAAUACGGGGAAAUUAUGAUGUUUCCGAAACUUGGAUUAAUAGAACCCAGCCCAUUAACACGGCAUUGGACGCACCACUAGGGUCUAGAAACUUCUUUCUAGAAUCUUAUCAGUCUUCUAGCAUUUUCUAUGCUAUACUAUAUGACCUCCCAAGUCUAGCAAAACUCACAAUUCACAUUUGAAUAGUUGAUUUUGAAAGAACAAAGUAGAAGAUGGCAGCGAACAAUGAUUUAGCUUUAGACUUGGAAGAACUUCAGCAUCUUCAGGGCAUAGCGAAACGACCUCGUGUGCUUUCUCUCAUUUCCUCUGAGAUUCGUAACUUGGAAAAGCUGUCAAAAGGGUGUGCUUCAGUGCCAUCUUCGCAAAUACCAGCUCCAGUUUCAACUUCAGCAAAGGUGAUCCGUAACCUGUCAUCACUGAACUAUGUGUCUGUUUCAUCCUUCAGUUGGGAUCAGGACAAGGACAAAGUGAAGAUUUAUCUAUCAUUAGAAGGAGUAGAUCAGGAGAAAAUGGAGAUAGAUUUCAAGCCUAUGUCUUUUGAUGCCAAGUUUCAUGAUAUAAAUGGAAAGAACUAUCGCUUCUCCUUGCCGAAAUUGAACAAAGAAAUUGUACCUGAGAAAUGUAAGGUGCUCGUGAAACCCACAAGGGUUGUCAUCACCUUGGCCAAAGCUUCCAAAGGGAACUGGUUGGAUUUGCAUUACAAAGAGGAUAAGUUCAAGCCAAAUUUGGACAAAGAAAAAGACCCCAUGGCAGGAAUUAUGGAUUUGAUGAAGAAUAUGUACGAGGAGGGUGAUGAGGAGAUGAAGAAAACGAUUGCAAAAGCCUGGACAGAUGCUAGAUCUGGCAAGGCAACUGAUCCAUUGAAACGCUACACCUGAAAGUUGAAAUGGGCCUUUUACUGGGUCUAGGGGCUUAUCCUGGGUGGUGAACAGUUGCAGGCUGUGUAUUCUGUUACCAUUUGAAUAGCUUGUAGUCUCAGACAAGUGAUGUAGAAUUUUUACAGCAUGUUGCUUGGAUGGUUCUUUGAGAUUUAAUUAGAUGAAUGCUGAAAUUUGCAGCUGGUGUCCAUUGUCUUUAAACUAGAGUACCUUGUUAUGAUAAAACAAGUUUUUUGAGUGAUGCAAAAAAUGAAUGAUGUACGUAGCAA